CACAUAGCUGUCUGUCCCUUUGUAUUACUUUUAACACAUAGAGUGAGCCUUUCACAUGGUCACCAGGAUGUUUAACCAGGUUCUAGUGCUCUUUUCAGUUGGAUGGACAGUUUCCAUGUCUUUACCUGUACAGGUAUGUUUAUGACUUCUGUCUUUACUUGACUAGCCCAAAUUGUUACCAUCUUUGUUUGGAAGCCGAAUGGCUUUGGUUGGACUAGACAUGUCUGUUAACCUGUCCUGAUUCCAACUACAUUAAUACAUAUUUUUUGCAUAUGUGUUUUCUUGCAGGUCAAUCAGACCCUACCUGUUUGUAAGUACUAUAUUAAUAACCAGAACUAAUGUAUCUUUUUGUCCGCAAAUCCUUUUGUCACGUAUGUGGCGUCUCUUGCUGAUCUCCAACCCAGUGUAAUUCUCAAGAUUUUAAUGACUUAAGUAUUUUUUUUUUUAAUUACUUAACUAAAGUCUCAUAUUAAAUGCAUUUUAAUAAAAUUCAACAUGAUCACGUAUGUGUGUGUGUGUAUAUAUAUAUAUAUAUAUAUAUAUAUAUAUAUAUAUAUAUAUAUAUAUAUAUAUAUAUAUAUUUUUUUUUUUUUUUUUUAAAUAAAUUGUAAACUGUGUGGCAUAGUUUAUAUAGCAUAUCUAAAUAUCCUGUGCCCAUUGUGUUUUAAGAGUUCAUGGCAAACUUUCACCAACAUAAUUUUAUUAAAUUAAAUACAUUAACCAGACUGCUUUUCUAGAAUACCAUCUGAUUUGCUACUAUAUAUCACAUUAUUCUAACUGUAGUUUAAUAUACAAAAUAAAAAGCUCUAUUUUGCAAGCAAUAUGCAUAUGGGUUAUUCUAAUAGUAGGUAAUUUUUUUUAUGCAAGAAUAUAAAGUUGCAAAUGUUCACAAAAUAACACUGGCACCAAAUAUUACUUUUUGUGUGGUAAUCAGAUUAUCUUUACUACACAAAUUUUCCUUUAGAAAAAGUAUUCUUUACAUAUAAUUUGUUACAAUGUUCAUGCUUGCACUAUUUUAUAUAUGUUUCUCUACUUUCUUCUACAGUGGAGGGGAAUGGGUCAAGAACAUAGUAUUUUUUUGUAGAAGGAAAGCAAAAUCCUGAAAUUCAUCAAUAGUGUUUAGCCUAUAGACUGACUUCACCCAGGCCUGGGGCUAUUUUAAUGAAUAACACACAUAUCUGCCCCUCCACCCACCUGACCCACAAGUGCAACCAGAUUCCAGGUUAAUAGCCUAAUCAUUGUACUGCAAAAUAUAUACACAGAUAGCAAGGCAGACAGCCUCAGACUACCAUCAUCAACAGCCAGCCCAGGAAGCCACCAUCCUGCAUCCAAAAGUAGGGGGUGGCUAAAAAUAUGUAAAUGGCAACAUGUGUAAUCUCUGUGUGUCAGUGUGUGUGGGGUAUGUCUGUGUGUCUUUGUAUACGUAUGUGUGUGUACCCGAGCAUGUCAGUAUGUGUGUAUCUUUGUGUUGCAACAAAUGUGUAUGCAGUGGUGUAUCCUGGUUUUGUGCUGCCCUAGGCAGGACAAAACUCAGGCGCCCCCCUCCCCCCGUGCCACCCCCACCCAACCCUUCCCCCCGCCCCACCUUCUAAAUACACACACACACAGUCAGACACAUACACAAACACACACACACACACGUCAGACACAUACACAAACACACACACACACAGUCAGACACAUACACACACAGUCAGACACAAACACACACACACACACGGUCAGACACAAACACACACACACAGUCAGACACACACAGUCAGACACAAACACACAGACACACACAGUCACAUACACACACACAGUCAGACACAAACACACACACACACACAGUCAGACACAUACACAGACACAAACACACACUCACAAACACACACACAGUCAGACACAAACACACACACAGUCAGACACAAACACACACACACAUUAACUUUUUUUUUAUUUAAAUCCCCCCAACCUCCUUGCACCUUUGGGAGUGCUGGGGGUCUCUCUCCCUGGUGGUCCAGUGGCUGCAGGGCGGCGGCGCUGGCAGGUGGGCGACGGCGAGGGAGCACUUCCCAUGAGCUGACUGCUCAGCUCCCUCGCGCGUCGGCUGCAGAGUGAGGCUGGGAACCGGAAGAUGACGUCAUCUUCCGGUUCCCAGCCUCACUUUGCGGUGCGCGAGGGAGCUGAGCAGUCAGCUCAUGGGAAGUGCUCCCUCGCCGGCCGCCCGGGAUGUCAGUUAGCCGCGAGGCUAACAAGGCAUCUACCCUGGGCAUUUGGGGGGCGGCGUUUUUUGCCGCCCCCUGAAAAAUGCCGCCCAAGGCAAAUGCCUUGUUUGCCUCGCGGCUAAUACGUCCCUGUGUGUAUGUGUGCUUUCAUUUCCAGCAUUCAAAUUAACACCACAUAUAACACACACUCCUCCCAUCAAAACGCCAACAAUAAAUACAAACACACACCUGUAUUAAAAUGCCAACAUUGUAUACAAACACAUCCCUACAUCCAGACACCAAAGCUAGACCCUUCAUUAAAACACACAGUAUGUCACUGCUUUGAAAUGGCAGCAGUACAUUCAAACACUACACACAAAUAGCCCCCUACAUUCACACACAUACUACAUACAAAAUAAUGCUUGCAUUCAAACACACAAAAACUCCUCACAAAAAACCCUGGAAGGAUGGUCAAAAUGUAGAUUUCCAGUUGUGGGAGAUGUAAAACAGAUGGUGCUGGGUGGGCCCAAAAAGUUUUCUUGCACCUGGGCCCUCUCUAAAUUAGUUCCACCACUGAUUCUAAAGUAUAUGGAAUAACUGGAAACAUCUAUAAUGUAGAUUCCUUAUAUUUUGAAACAAAAAUACAAAAUAAUUUCAUAUCAGAAGAUAAAACACCAUUAAGAUUCUCAUUCAUUGAGGGGCGUGGCCUGACCGCUCAAGGAGAUGGACGUGUGAGCGAUCAGCUCCGUGCGAGAAUCCCACAUCACAGCGACUAACAGCAAACUGAAUCCAGCACAUACCCCCUGAACAACCCACAGGGUGUACGAGAACUUGCCCUGCAACAUGGCACAACGCUCAACAAAAAAAACUAAAUUAAAGGCGCCUUCUAUGCAGAUCUCUGCCAUGGCUUCACCACCACGUGGCACACAAGAUGGCGCAGGUAGGCCGCGAUCACCGGCCUCCAGCUCUGACCGGAGCGAUAUUACCUCGAUCUCCACAAAGGACCUCCCAGCUACUGACUCCUCCAUACAAAAAAUGCUAAACGGCCUGCAAGCCUCCCUACAAGCAGACUUUGCCAAAAUAGCGAAAGAAAUAAGGGCAGACAUCAAAGCCCUGGGGGAACGUACAGACUACCUUGAACACAAAACGGAGGAAAUUAUCAGCGCGCAUAAUAACAUGGCGGCGGCUUACGAUACGGUGGAUGCAAGACUAAACUCCAUCCUUGCAAAACUAGCCGACCAUGAAGACAGGGACAGGCGAAACAACAUUCGCAUACGAGGCAUCCCUGAAGAGAUCACCCCAAACAAUCUGGGCACCCACGUCAAGACAUUCUUUCACCUUCUAGCCCCGGACAUCCCAGAAGAAGCCCUACUCCUCGACAGAACGCACCGAUUGCCUAAACCGAAACACCUCCCAGCGUCCAUCCCAAGGGACACUAUAACUAGAGUACAUUACUACACCACCAAGGAGGCUAUAAUGCAGGCAUCCAGGAAACAACCGACCCUACCAGACGCCUACAGCAAAGUCCAGCUGUUCACCGACCUCUCGGCAACCACAUUAGCAGCAAGGAAAAGCUUCCUGCCAAUUACCAAAGCCUUGAGGACGGCAGAUAUCCCAUACAAAUGGGGCUUCCCAGCUCGCCUCAUUCUCCGACGUAAUGGCACCGAGAAACACAUUCUCACUCCAGAGGACGGAAAGAAGAUCCUUGAGGAAUGGAACAUACCUCUGGACGUCAGCAACCAAGCCACCCCUGCCGGGCAGAGAGCUGUUGCAUCGCCGAAGACGCUCACACACGAUUGGCAUACAAAGGCCACAGCUAAGUGAAACUAUAUACAUGUCACUAUAGGACUAAGUUAACUGACUAGGUACCUACACCUUACUAUUACCAAAAAAAAAAAAAAAGGUGGAAACAGGUACAUGGACUUCACGGCACUACGUGCCACCGAUAGGUCACCCUAUCGGAAACGAUAUGUUCAAUAUUCUUUGGUCGCAGAUUGUUUAUAUUUUGUUAUGUCUGCUUCAUGUUACUCAAUGUAGUUACAACAUAAUGUUCCAUUAACCCCAGAAGGUAUAUAGACUCCUUUAGAGGUCACCACAACGCCGCCUCAGUGUAAUGUAUCUAUCUCACCCAACUCACGCUACCUACUGCCCCCUGACCCGUAGCGAUGAGUAACCACUCCAGUGGCCCACUCACCUCGACCCAUCACGGCCCCACACUCGACACCACACAAACGACAUCAUUCCACCUGCCGGCGCUUGCCUAAAAGGGAGAGGAAGCACUACACAACCAAACAAACAUUAGCGUCAGCUGCCUCUCCAAACUAUGCCAACACCAUAAUAUUGUAUAUGAUGUAAUACUCACUACCUAACCUGGUACCACUCUUUUUGAGAUGUAGUUAACGGAAACCCCACACGCUACUUCAACACCCUACAGGGUUGGGGAUAUAAUAUGUGACACACUUUAACAUUUUUAAAGCAGGCACUGAGACGGGAUAAAGGUGUCGAUCCUACCAAGGUUAUAUUUCCCCCUCUUUUACAUGCUUAAGUAACGCAUACAACUCUUUGGUGUAUAUCCCAUCGUCCCCAUCCCUUACGUAAAGACAACAACUUUCCUUUGCACAUUAACUGAGAUAGUUUACGAUGUGGUGAUCGAACGCUAGAACAGGGAUAGAAAUGGACAGUGAAUGCCGUACUUAUUGCCUUGUGUACUUUGGCUCUAUGGGCUACGACUUGCGCAUUCCAAGAUGGAAUGACUGGGUUCCCUAUGAGAAUUCAUAUGCACGGAAACAACUAGAUACUAUACCAGGGACAUCCGGUCUUCACAUCCCUACUUACGGCCAGGGAGUAUAUCUUAUCUUCUACCACCCCAUACACUACUAACUCACCCUUACCAGACUUCUGGGAUUCUCCCCCCCCCACAGGGGCUUCAGUGCCCGACGGAAAUGGAGAACCUUAGGUCUCACCUCAGAGGCCUUUUCUUUGUAUAUAGUUUGAUAUAUGUUAUAUGUUAUACCCCCCAUCCCCCUCCACCUCUCGCCAGGAUAUCUAACCACCACUGGGACAUAACUAUGCCCAUACCACAAAUCUACUACCUAAUCGAAUAUACAACGCCGCCUACAUGGCUAUUAUUAAGGGUCGGACGACUCGAGGCACACACUAAUAUUUGGUUACGCACCACAUCCGUGCUGAUAACUCAGCAACAUAUACAUAAAUUAGAAAUCCCCUGUCAUGGCACUUAAUAUACUUUCUAUAAAUACUAAAGGACUUAACUCGCCCCAUAAACGACGCAUGGCACUGUUGGAAGCAAAAAAACAUAAGGCACAUAUCGCAUUCUUCCAAGAAACCCACUUCCAAACUGCAAGCCACCCCAAAUUCUCAUCUAGAAACUAUCCGGUAGGAUACCACAGCACUUAUAAGAAAAAAAAAAGAGGGGUCACGAUAUUGAUCAGUAAAGACGUAGCGUUCCAAUUUAUAAAAAAAAUAAGCGACAAAAAAGGACGCUACCUCCUCUUGCAAUGCAUUAUUGACAACGCUCACUAUACACUGGUCAAUAUUUAUGGCCCACACACUGACCAGCACACCUUUCUAGAUCAUAUCUUAACUCUAACACAGGCGCACAAAUUUGGUGAAAUACUAAUAGGGGGAGACACUAACUUCCUUAUAGACCCAGACUUAGACUCUACUUCAACCACGACAGUCUCACGAACUACAUCACAACAUAGAACACGAGCUACGACUCUUAUCGAUAACACUCUCAAUACUCAUGGCUACACGGACAUAUGGAGGACCCUUCAUCCAUUAGAAAGAGACUAUACACACCACUCCCUAGUACACGACACAUACUCCCGGAUUGACCGCUUCUUAGUCCCAUCAACACAUAUAUCACGAAUUUCCAAAACGGGUAUAGGCAUGAUAACAUGGUCAGAUCACGCACCUAUAACAAUUUCGAUAAAUACAAUGCACCCUACCAAUGGCAACCGCACAUGGCGACUUAAUGAUACCCUCCUCAAUGACCACAAACUGGUCUCACAACUCACAGAAGAUUUAAAAUCCUACUUUACUAUCAAUAACACAGAGGAAAUAGGAGUAGAGACGCUUUGGCAAGCGCACAAGGCGGUCUUCCGAGGCCAAUGCAUUAAACACGCCAGCUUUAAUAAAAAACAACGCACGAAAGCGUAUACAGACAUACACACGGAACUUGCCACCCUCACCCACACAAACAAACGUUCACCAUCACAUAGCAUCACGAAACGAAUUCUCCACCUACAAGCUAAACUAAAAGACCUGGAACUAGCCAAAACAACUUACUUACUGACUAGAAUGAAACAUAAAUUCUUUGCAGAAGGGAAUAGAGCAGGAAAAAUUUUAGCUGCCCACCUUCAAACAAAAACUACAUCCUCCAAGAUAGCUUAUAUACUCACUAAAGAAGGGCACAAGAUUACUAAUCCACAAGACGUGGUGGAAGAGUUUGGCAAGUACUAUAGUAGCUUGUACAACUUAGUCGGAGAAACUGGAAAUCCUACACCUAGUCAAAAUGACAUAGAUGCUUUCCUGAACGACGUACAACUACCAUCCAUUACCCCGGAAGACUGUCAUAAACUGACACAACCAUUUACAACACAAGAGAUUAUAGAUACCAUCAAACAAUUGCCGAAACACAAAUCACCCGGGCCAGAUGGGUUCACAAACCUAUAUUACCAUACCUUCAAAGACAUUCUGGCGCCCCACAUGGCCACUUUAUUUAACCGCUCGUUUCAAACAGGAACUAUGCCCGCAGCUAUGCUCCAAGCCCACAUAACUACACUCCCCAAACCGGGAAAACCCCCGACCCACUGUCCCAACUUUAGGCCCAUAUCCCUCCUGAAUUGCGACGCUAAAAUAUAUGCCAAGCUGUUGGCUAACAGAUUAGCCCCCAUUCUGCCACAAAUAGUACACAAUGAUCAAUCAGGCUUCAUAAAAGGGAGACAGGGCUCCGACAACACUAGGAAAAUACUCAACAUACUAUCCCAUGUAGAAUCAGAGAAUAUCGAAUGCUUGCUUCUAGCAUUAGACGCUGAAAAGGCUUUCGAUAGGCUUAAUUGGACGUAUAUGACAUCGGUACUAACGAAAUUCGGCUUCCCACCAAAGCUUAUCCAAGGGAUUAUGACGUUAUAUAAAAACCCCACCGCUCAAGUAUACCAAUCUGGAUUCCUUUCCUCUCCAUUCGGCCUAACUAAUGGAACCAGACAGGGGUGCCCCCUAUCCCCUCUCCUUUUCAUUCUUGCAUUAGAACCCCUAGCCCACAAAAUCCGACAAGACCCUCUCAUUACAGGUAUACACAUAGGACAAUCCAACUACCGACUAUCAAUGUUUGCAGAUGAUAUCCUGCUCUCCCUUAGCAAACCAGACGUUUCACUACCCCGCUUAAUGGAUUUACUACAAGAUUAUGGCUCUAUAUCAUACUACAAGCUUAAUAGUAAUAAAACACAGGCCCUACCGAUACAUAUGUCGGAAGCACAGACACGCACAUUACGCCAGACCUUCAACUUCGAUUGGAGACAAAGACACAUUACAUAUUUAGGAGUGAAAUUAGCUUUACACACCUCAAAAAUGGUAUCCCUUAACUACGGACCCCUGCAGCACACCUGCACCUCACACUUCCAAAAGUGGAAGCACAUCCACCUGUCGUGGCUAGGCAGACUCAAUACUAUUAAAAUGGUGUUACUACCCAAAAUCCUUUAUGUAUUUAGAAUGUUACCUCUCAAUGUCCCAACGCAUAUACUGAAAACUCUACAAACAACCUUAACUAGAUUCGUCUGGAACAAAGCAAAAGCCAGACUACCUCAAUCCUUACUCCAACUCCCGCAAACGAUGGGAGGUCUCGGCUUUCCAAAACUAGCUACCUACUAUGAAGCAUCCAUCCUCGAAUCAGCAAUCCGUAUCCAUGCCCCCAGAAACACAUUUCAGUGGGCUGACAUGGAGCAGGAAAAAUUCUCUCCGCACCUCAUGUUAAACAUACUAUGGUCCCCCAAAUUAUACAGACCAAAGAAACUCCAAUUAUACCCCACCACUAGACUGACUAUACAAAUAUGGGACAAACUAUUGACCACCUUAUCUGAGAAAGGAAAAUUCUGUAUAUAUGCCCCGUUGGAGGCACUGGAAGGAGUAUCGGACUGGUUGUCACUAAAACCCUGGGCCACGUAUGGCGUUAAACAUAUCAAAGACCUCUGCUCCCAAGCCGACCUCAUGGCCUUCCCUACAUUACAGACCAACUACAAGAUACUCAACUCCUUUAUGUUCCAAUACAUACAACUAAAGAGCAUUGUGCACACCAGGGUGACAUUGAAACUCCCGACAACUCCACCAAAAGGGACCCACACAUUGACUAUCAUUACAAGAUGCCUGUCGGCACCGACAAAACCCAAAUCCCUAUCCCUAUGCUAUAAUACCCUUCUAAGCUACACACCACCACAUGCUUUUAAUUAUGUAAAACAAUGGGGGAAAGAGAAUAUACCCGAACUUACUGAUAGCCAAUGGUUCCAGUCAUUGAAUGCUCUACGAGGCCUCACAUCUUGUUUCUCUCAUGUGGAGGCACACAAAAAAGUGAUAUACCGGUGGUACCUCACCCCACAAAGACUACAUCAAAUAUAUCCUACAGUAGACUCCAAAUGUUGGAGAUGCGGCUUAAAAGAGGGGACCAUGACCCACAUUUGGUGGGAAUGUAGAGAGAUCAAACCCUUGUGGCCACAUGCUCAACAACUGUUAGAAAAAACACUAAGGUACAAAGUUGACCUAACACCGAUGGUGGCGAUCCUAUUGCUUUUCCCACCCACAUGGAAAAAAGGAGCCAAAAAACUGGCCUCCACUAUCAUAUUAGCGGCUAGAAACCUCAUCGCUCUACAUUGGCGGAGCGUUUACUGCCCAACACACAAAGAACUACUGAACAAGAUAUAUCAAUUUUAUAGAUAUGAAGUACUUUCCUCAGAUUCCCAUGCAAAAACACGGCUCACGGAACAGCUGUGGGAACCAUGGCUUUCACUGAUACACCACCAUCCACCAUAACCUAACUAGUCCAGUGCGGAAAACUGAUUAGACAAGACGAACCAUCCCUAAAGAAACAACCCACACACACUAUAAGAGACGACACCAUAUGACCCAAACUAGGGACACGCAAUACCUAAAUAGGAUGAUGUAUAUUUGUUUGUACAACUGUUUAAAAUGGCGUAGAUGUCUAAAGAUGUAUAAUUGUAAACUGCUUACUGAACGUUUAUGCUCUUAAUGUGGUAUAUUCAUCCAUGUCAAUCUCAUUAUACAUGUGUAUCAAUGCCGACCGAAUGUAUGCCACAAAUGAAGAAUAAGAUAUCUUGACCGAGAUGCUUUCCCCCCCCUCCCUUUCUCUUUUCUGUACCCUCAACUUCCCUUUCUGAAAAUAAAAUUUUCAAAUUCAAAAAAAAAGAUUCUCAUUCAUUUUUUAUUUUUCUGUGGACAUCAAUAUAUACCUAGUAUGUGGAAGCAAGAAUUACCCUCCCAUGCAUUUACUGAAACUUCACAAAAAUGUUGUUUAUACAUUACUUCUUUGCUUUCUUCUACUAAUGGAUUGAAGAUUAAUUUGCACCCUUAAGGAUGGAGGCAAUUGUCCAAAACAAAACCUUAAAUUUGAGCUACACGUUUGUUCCACUUUCAUUUUUAGGGUUUCUCUUCAAAAGCCCCCAUACAUAUUAUAAGUCACCUUUUUAAAGAUCAGAAAAGGCUUUCAUUUAACAUCCUAUAUGUAUACCUAACACUCAGUGGCGUACACAUGACCCAUGGGGCCCCGGUGCGAAAAUUGAUCCGUGGGCCCCACCCCCGCGCGCGGGCCGGACCGCAACACAUGGCGGUGGGCACUUUGUCAUCGGGGUUACAGGGCUGCGACCCCUGCGACCGCGGUAUGUACGCCAAUGCAUGCAGAUGCACACACACUUAAAAGACCACUACAGACACCCAGAUCACAUCAGCUCAAUGAAGUUGUCUGGGUGUCAGGUCCCUCUAGUUUUAACCCUGCAGCUGAAAACAUAGCAGUUUCAGAGAAACUGCUAUGUUUCACUGAGAGUUAAUCCAGCCUCUAGUGGCUGUCUCACUGACAGCCGCUAGAGGAGCACACUGAAUGUCCAUAGGAAAGCAUUGAGUAAUGCUUUCCUAUGGGCGGUUUGAAUGCGUGCGUGGUUGCAUUCGGAGCUGAGAGGCUGACGGAACCCCAGCGCCAAGGGAGUCCGGUGCUGGAGAAAGGUAAGUGCUGAAGACACACACACUCUCACUUACAGACGCAUACACACUAGCUAACAGACACACACAUUUACUGACAGAGACACACUCAGCGACAGACAUACAUACACACUCCCUUACAAAACAUACACUCUCAUUGACAAACACACACUCACUAACAGACAUACAUACACACUCCCUUACAAAACAUACACUCUCAUUGACAAACACACACUCACUAACAGACAUCAGACUCACACACAGUAACAGACAUCAGACUCACACACACACUCAGUAAGACACACACAGUAACACACUCACUAGCAGACACACACUCUAACACUCACACUCACUCUAACACUAACACUCACACACUAACACUCACACUAACACUAGCAGGCAGACACACUAACACUCUAACACUCACACACUAACACUCACACAUGUUUUUUUUAAAAAAAAAUUAGUCCCCCCAGCCUCCUUACCUUUUGGAGUGCUGGGGGCAUUCCCUGGGGUCCAGUGGUGCUGCCUGGCGGGCUGUCUGGCCGGCGCGUGACGGAGCUCUCUGCUCUGAGUGCUUCAUCUUCAGCACCCUCGCGCACAGCGUAGGGAUGCCGGCGCCGGAAGAUGAUGUCAUCUUCCGGCUCCGGUAUCAGUGUGGUGCGCGAGGGAGCUGAAGAGGAAGUAAUGAGUGCUCCCUCGCGCGCCGCCUGCCCGACCGGCCACCCGCCUUCUGGGUGUCAGCAGGGCCAGCCUCGGGGGGCCCUGGGGUGGCCGCCUCCUUGGCCCUCCAUGAGAAGAGGCUGGCCCUGGUAUGUACGCCACUGCUCACACUUAUUUGUGAAUAAAAUUUAAUAAAACAAAUGUUUUCACCUUUUUGCUUAUAAAUCAUUUUUACAGGUCCAGUGCAACUAAUUAAAAAGGAGUCAAAAUAGAUUGUUAAAUGCAUAAUACACUGAUCACCCACAACACUAAAACCACUGACCGGUGAAGUAAAUAACAUUGAUUAUAUUGUUACAAUGUCACCUGUUAAUGGCACCUGUUAUUAGGCAGCAACAGUCAGGUCUUGAAUUUCAUGUGUUAGGAUCAGGAAAAUAGGCAAAUAUAAUGAACUGAGUGACUUUAACAAAGGCCAAAUAGUGAUGGCUAGAUGACUGGGUCAGUGCAUCUCCAAAACAGCAAGUCUUGUGGGUUGUUUCUGGUAAGCAGUGGUUAGUAUCUACCAAAAGAGGUGCAAGGAAGGACAAUAGGUGAACCGGUGUCAGGGUCAUAGGCACCAAAUGCUGGUCAUGACAGUGCAUUGCAUUUUGUUGAGUUGGGGCUGCUUAGCAGCAAACCAGAAUGUCCAGGAUAACCCCUGUCCACCAUCCAAGGUGCCUUUAAUGGGGAUGUGAGCAUCAGAACUGAAAAAACGAGCAAUGAAAGAAGUUGCCUGGUCUGAGGAAUCACAUUUUCUUUCAGGUCAGAUGGGUGGUAGUGUGCAUGUGUGUCAUUUACUUGGGAAAGAGAUGGCAGCAGGAUACACAAUUGGAAGAAGGCAGGCUGGUAGAAGCAUUGUUGUGCUCUGGGCAAUGUUAUCCUGGGAAACCUUGAGGCCUAGCAAUGGUGUUUCCUGAUGACAGAGGUCUCUUCCAACCCUGCCACAUUGCAAAAACAUGUUCAAGAAUGGUUUGAGGAACAUCACAAAGGGUUCAAGGUGUUGCCUCGGCCUCCAAACCCAUGGUGGUUCCACCUCACAACUUGCAGGACUUAAAGGUUCUGCUGCUAAUGUUUUUGUGCCAGGGAUCACAGGACCAAUUUAGACAUCAAAGCUUUUCUGGCAGCACCCAGGGGACCUACAUGAGAUUAGGCAGUUUAAUGGUGAAGCUGAACAGUGUAUGUUUAGAAAAUAAAACAUUUUGGAUAGUUAAUGCUAACCCUAUACCUGGGGUAGUACUGUGCCAAAACAAGAUUUAAAAGUUCGCUGGUGUGUUUGUCCUAUUUUAUUUUUUAUUUAGGUAUGCAUGUUGUCCUAUAGUGCUUGUGUUAUUUAUGGGUGCUACAAUACAUUUCUAACAUUGUAUUUGUGCAUAUGUGGACUGUUAUAUUGUAAAUGAGUAGAUUGUGGUAUUGUGUAUAUCUGUGAAUGGGGGCUGUGUAUGGGGGUGCUUUUGGAAUUGUGUAUCUGGAUGAUAUGCCACAUUUUGUGUUAUGUAGUGUGUAAAAGUGUGGGGCUACCUGUGAUAUUGCAUGUGAGAAGCUAGUUGUGGGGUUGUUUGCAUGUAUGUAGAUUUUCAGUGACAUUGUGUUUAUGGGGACUGUGUGUCUGUUUGUUUGUGGGCUGUUUGUAUUAUUUGUAUGAGGGGGAGGCUUCUUCUACAGCUCCGUGCAUAUCUAGCAGUCUGUGCGGCUCCCCUUGGGUCAAGUGGGGAACAGGCUGGCCAGGUACGGUACAACUACAGGAGCUGAGAUAGCUGAUGCAGACUGCUCUAACUUUAGUGCGGAUUCACGUUCACAAGUACAGGGAGGAAGAGAUUUUAUAUCGCUUCCACUAAUUGCUGCUAUGAGUAAAUUGAGAAUUGUCCCUCACCACCUGCAAUCACUGCUCAGGUUGCACUAGCAGAUUUCUGAAGUCCCCCUGCGACUCCUGAUAGGCCAAAGCCUGUUUGGCUCUGGCAGCCUUAACUGCCUAACAAAGGCACUUUGAGGGCCAUUGGUUGCUAACCCUUGCCCUAUACCAACUCCAAUAAUAACACUAUACAAACCAUACAACUUACCCUAUGCUUACACUAACUAUAACCAUAUGCCUACCUUAAUCUUACUCUUAAACCUCAAACCUACACUAUCUUUAACCCUAAAACAGCAUUAACCCAUACCCAGCAUUAAGCCUUUUGUAAACCUAACCCUAACAUUAACCAUACCCCAAAACAUAGUGUCAACCUACCUUACUCUUACCUCUAAAUCUAUAUCUAUCUCUACCCAAACCCCAGCACUAACCCCAACCCUAUGGUAACCAACUGCUAAUAUUAAUUCUGAUAUAGGAAAUGGUUUUUAAUGUAUUUAACACAGUAUAUGGUGGUAUGUUGAACCAUCUACUGGCUGUUUUCAGAAUUACACUUUAUUACCAACCUAAUAGUGAGAGAUCGGUAUUGGGAAGCUGGCAAAGCCAUGCACCAGUACCAAUCAGUUGGGGACAAGUUGAAAGGGUCUCCCCAUAGCUGCCUGCACCCCAGAAAUCAAUUAGCUUCAUUUUUAAAAUGAGUUAAAGGGCUCUGUGCAGCACAGACUUCCAGCACUGCACAGAGCUCAUAGGUGACUCUGAAGCCACUAACAGCUGACUUAGAAUAGCCCCAUGUACCAAUUAAUGUGUAAAUAAGCGAUGUGAGUAGGGAUUUAACUCUGCUCACACUGCAAUCUUUACAUAGGCAUUUAAAUGCCUGUUUAAAGAGUGGCUUGCUGUGCUGGCUUCAUGUGCUCAUCAAAAAGUAUUGGGUCUCUGAAACUGGCCCAAGCAGACAUAGAUGAGUCCCAGGUGUACAUUGAUACCUGGAGCUCCUUAGUGUGAGCAGUGAUUUAACCAUGAACACAACAAAAAUGCAAGGCAUUAUAUGCUGUCCUAUGCCCUUCUACAUAAAUUGGGCUUUAAUGCCUCUAGAACACCCCAAUGUUGUUAAAGUGAGCCUGUCAUGUUACAUGCAGUUGUAUUUUUAAGAUAGGAACAUUUACACACAUGCUAGAAUUUCUGAUAAAAUAUAUCUAACAUUUAAUUUACCAAAAAUUUUCUUCACUUAGUCAAUUUUUGUGUGUGUAGAGUUCUAUCAAACAUUAAUGUAGAUGUUAUGGUGCCAGGAGUGGGCUCUUACCUAGUGCCCUUUCCAGGUAAGUUGACAAUUUAUCUGUGGUCUGCUGGGGACUGGUUUUAUCCUCCUCUGGAGCCAGCAAGGAGCUUCUGUUAGCUACACUGCAAUGCAGGGCUAUUUCAUUGGUUGCUAGCAACGGUUGAGUACGUUUAGCAAAUGAAAGAAACUCUGCACCACCAUUUGCACACAGUUUGACUAUAGAUUCUGGGAGGGCUUCAUGGGACUCCUGGCACCAUAACCAGCAGACUGUAUGGGGUGUUUAACAUAAAAUAUGCUAAAGAGUAAUAUUUGUAACAGUAUGGAAUUUUAUAAGAACUAUACUUUCAGACUAUAUCAAAUGUAUGUUUUUACAGCCACAACGUCCUAUGGAGAAACUCUAAACAAAGAAAAGAGGACUGUCAACUCUCCAUUCUAUGGUGAGGCUUAUCCCAACAAUGUAGACAUAGAAUGGUCCAUUAAACCCCCUGCAUCACAUUUUAGGGUAAGAUGCAUAUUAUUGUUAUUAAUAUUGUCUUCUAUAUAGCUUAUUUUUUUUAUUUUUUUAUUCUUUACACUAUUAUUCAGGGGGCUUUAACUACAAAUGAUCAGGCAAACAGUACAAAAGUCUCAAACUUGACAAAGGCCUCGUAGCAGGUCGAAACAUUGCUGGACUAUAAACACCUUAUAUGCCUGGAGACUUUUUUUCCUGUUUGUCUGAUCAUUGUGGGAUUUGCUAUUCCUGCUUCAGUGCACCUGAUGUUGACUGGUAUUGAGUGUGGCCCCUCUCUUCCUUAACUACAAAUGAGGCAAACCAUGACAAAUUGUGAUAGGAUCAAUAUGUUGAUGAGGUUAAACUCUGGGGAAGGUGGCAUAUAAAAACACCAUCGCAAGGGCUAUACGGGUGAUGGCAACCACACGAUAGGGUGGGAAAAUUAGCAGAAUUGGAAGGUAAGAUGGAAGUGGAGAAUGGGUAAAGAAAAAUAAGCCUCUUUCCCAAUAAUCAUUCAGUGACCCUUUUUCUGUUAAUAUUUUUAGAGACAGUACAAGAACCAAUAAAGGACAGCAUCAUGCACACCAAAGGUUUGAAAAGCUUGGAUAAUAAGAGCAUUGUGAACAGUGUCAAAGGCAGCAGAGAGGUCUAAUAGAAUUAGUAUGUUGUAUUGGCUUUGGAUUUUGCCAUAGUUUGAUCAUUGGUUACUUAAGUCAGAUCAGUACCAGUAGAAUGAAGGGGGUAGAAGUCAGAUUGAAGAGGAUCAAGGAGGCAUUUGGAGUUGAGAAAGUGUAUCCUAUGGUUACAGAAAAGACAUUCCAAAAAGCUUUUAAGGAAAAAGUCGAGAUAUGGGAUGCAAUUAGACUGGCAAGUGUGAUCCUUAUCUGCAGUUAGCACGGUCCUUUUGGGUACAAACAUGCACAGUCUUUAAAAGUAACUUAAGUCCAGGCAGUUUAUUGUUGAGCUUCUCCACAAAGACAGCAGCACAUGAAAAACAAAAAUGUAACAAAACCCUAUCUCGGUCUGAGCACUAACUAACAUCAAGUUCCCUCUCUCUCUCUCAAGGGUUUAAACUAUAAACAAAACAAGAAGUGGUUUCACCAACCUAGUGUCUUUAUCAGCACUCCAGUGUUUUAGACAGCCUGCUGCUUCCAGCCCUUCACGAGAGAAAUAAAAACAUUAUCAUCUACUUGCCUAGCAGGGAGGGGUUUAUUCCCCACUGCUGCAGAUGAGCAGUGGGUUGGAGACUGUCCAAAGCCUGGUCUGGACCUAGUCUCCCAAGAGAAAACAAUAAACAGUGGAGUGGAGCAUUGGCCUACCCUUCUCUCCAAAUGCUCCACCCCAGGGGCCCAUAACUAAAUAUGCAUUUAAGUUACAUACAUACACACAUUCCCCCUGGGGUUAAAGAUCAUAUGCCUCUCUAAACAAUGCAGAUGAAAUAUAAACUCCCUCACAGACCACCCCAUUCACCUUAUCACACAAGAUAGGUCAAGAGAUGACUUUUUUUUUUUAGGAGUAUGACAGUGGCAAGUUUAAAGGGCUUUAGCUGCCUCACAGACAACAUUCAUUUAAUCCAUUUUGCCUUCCUCACACUGCAGGUUACCAGUGUCAGAGGAUCUAAAGCAGCCCCAGAGCCUCACCGAGCCACCACCAUGCUUAACUGUAGACAGAGUGUUCUUUUCAGCAUAUGCUUCAUUCUUUUUUUUUUUUUUUUUUUGCGUGCAGCAUAUAACAAUAUGGCCUGAUUCGCCACAACAACAAAUACAGGCGCAUUACAUAUACUCUGUACAAUGACAUGGCAUGCAUAAUCCAGCACUUUUUUAGAGUUGGUAGAGUAAGAUUAGUGUGGCCUUGGUUAUGGGCUACGAGUGUGUCUGUUAGCGAUAUCUCCAGGGGCACAGGGUUGUGCUAGUGAGUGGGGAAGACAUGAGCGUUACAUGUGAGAAACAUGUUAGGGGGUCUCAUGGUUUUCUCAUUUGAGUAAGUGGCCUGUGUAUCAGAGCCCCUAAAAGAAUAAAAGAGUAUGACCCCUGGGUUGAGGCGUAUGUAUGAUGUCUACUCAUCUUGACUAGGGCCAGGGGGGAGGGAGAAGUAGGGCUGGUCCCUGAUAUGGACCCAGUUGGUCCCCAGUUGCUGAGGGUGCAUUAUAGUGCACUUUAAGGGAGUAUGACCCCAGGUGACCAGCUAUUUGUGGUGGAGGAGCGUAUAAAGGAGAAGAGCGGUAAACAAAAGGAACAAAAAGAACAAUGACAACUUGCGGUAACUUAACGGUCUGUUCACGGUGUAGGCCGUCUGUGGGCCCGACAUGAGAGUGACAGUCCAGCCACUAAGGCAUUAACGUUCAGGUUUCUUCCCUGGCGUGCGUUUUCCGUUGCACGGAACGGGGGGUGAACUCCGGUACGGUUGAGGGGUUGAUGCCCGCCAGGCUUGUUGUGGCUGACUUCUCUGGCCUGUUCAGGCUCAGGCUUAGGAGGUGAUGUUCCAGCUCCUGGAAAGUCGUAGCUUUGUAUGUCAAGUCCUGGUGAGUAAAGGAAAGAGCUCGUGGGAACCCCCAACGGUAAGGAAUGUCUUUGGCCUGUAGUUUCUGCAGUAGUGGCUGUAGGGUCUUGCGCCAUGCGAUGGUACCUCUGGUGAGGUCUGGGAACAGUGAUAGGGUGGAUCCCUCGAACAAGAGAGGGGUGUGCCCGCGGGCCGCUGUACGGAUCAAAAUCUUGUCUUGUAAGGUUUGAAAUCUGAUUAUCAGGUCUGCCGUCGCCUCCCCUGGUGCAGACGCCGGCUUCGGCAGUCGGAACAUGCCCUCAAUCUUGAUCGCUUUGGCUUGUUUCGGCGGCAGUAGGGUAUUAAGCAGGCGCCGUAUAUAGUGCGGUAAGUCGGUCACACUCACUGAGUUUGGGAUUCCCCGUACUUUCAAGUUGGUGCGCCGCCUGCGCUCCUCCAGGGCUUCAGUUCUGUCUGCUAUGGCUUUUUGUUUCUUUUGGAGCUCCGCCAGUGCGUGUUCUGCUGCGGUGAGCCUUGAGUCAUGUGUGUCCGUUUUUGCUUCCAGGAGGGUUAUUUUAUGUACGGCCCCAUCUAUGGCGUCUUUGUAAUGGGCCAUGUCCGCCGCUAUGUUCGCUCUUAAUUCAGAAAGCAUAUCCUUAAGUUGGGCGGCUGUGACCGGGUCUCCGGCAGCCGGUGGCUUGGCUUUAGGCACCGCUGGUUGAUUGAUCCUGGUCUCUACCCCAGGGUUGUAGGAGAGAUCUUCAGAGGAGUACGAGGAGCCAUCGUCUCCCGACGCCAUUUUGUCCCAUGUUGGUUUUUGAGGGCCUCGCAACAUCUCACCAAUAUCGUGGCAGAAGGGACCUCUGUCCGCUCUCUGUUUCUUGUUUUUUCAACCCAUUGUGCCCUUAGGUAGCAGUGUGACAGCUUGAGGUUGGGUACCGGUAUGUUUUAUGCAGUUUUACCGCAAUAAUGUAGAUCCGAAGGUCGGAGCUCGGGAAAGUGUGGCCGCUCUGUUUGGCUGCUGGCUCCGCCCCCCUGCUUCAUUCUUCUUCCUCCAGACAUACCACUGAUCAAUUGGGCUGAAAAGUUAGUUUUGUUUCAUCUCUCCACAGAUCAGAAUUCAAAAACUUAUGUGGCUUCUUUAUAUGAUUUUGAGCAUAUUGAAGCAGAAUUUUCAUUUGCUUUUAGGUCAGUAGGGAUGUAUGUCUUGGAGUUCUGGCAUAGAAACCUUCUGUGUUUAGCACGCACUUUUCUGUGUUCAUCAAAACCUCAGUGCCUUUUGCAACCAAGUUAUACUGCAGUUAUUUUUUUGCCUUUGUAUCCUGUUCCUUGUUUGUGAAGGGAGAUUAUCUCUUCUAAAAACUUUGUGGACCAUUCUUUUGACUUAGCCACAUUUCUAACAUGCAGUCAAAUGUGAUACUCAACAAUCCCCUACAACUUGAGGUAUUUCAAGUGUUUCAAGUCAAGAACACCAGGUGCAACUAAUGAAGCUCUUAAGUAGUUGCAUCAGAAAUGCUUGAGAAACACCUGUUUUGAAUAUGUAUGCCGUUGUUGGGGAUUCUAUUCAGGGAGUUGAAUAAUUUUGAAACUGAAGAAGUCAUUCUAAGUUGCGUUUUCAAUUUAUUUUGGGGGAACUACUUCAAGCAUUCAUUGUGUAGAGAUAUUUCAGAUUUUUUUUAUUAUUAUUUGUUCAUUGCAAACAGUUGAAAUCUGUAAAUGUUGACAAUAAACCUGAUUUUCAAUGGGGGUUGAAUAAUUUUGAUUACAGCUGUAGUUAUACAUCACUAACCCAGUAGCAUCCUACUAGCUUACAUGCAAUCGAUUCUUCUGUCACUGAUACUCACUUGAGAUGCAGUAAAAAUCAUGGAUCAAUGGUACAUUUAUGGUGGUUUGGGGAAAAUGGUCUGCCUUCUUUGCUAGCAACGUUGGUGACUCAUUGGGUGUCCUGGGAAUGUUAUCUAGUGUUUAAUACAUAUUUUAUCUUCUCUCAUUCCUUCUAUCAUUUUUGUAGCAACAUGAUUGUUAGUAGGUUUUCAGGUUUUUAUUAUUUGUUAUUUUUAUACCAGAUAUUACAAUCCAACCUCUUUCUUUGAGUGACCAUUGAAUAAUGUGAUAAUGGUCAUAAAAUUAAUUUGAAGAUGUAUUUUUCCUUAUUUUGUUAUUUGGAAUAUGUUCUUUUUUGGCUGAUUCUUCUAUAAUGUGCCUCAUUUAAUACUUUUUAUCCUGUUGAAGAAUAUCACUCUUAUGACAGUUAUAUAUAUUAUAUAUUUAAUUUUGAUGUUUGUUCUUCAUAUCAAGUUAAAUGAUAGCUGUAGUGCUAAUUUAAAAUAUAUUUAUAGUUUAACUGGAAAAAAUUAUCUUCCAGAUUUUUCUGGACUUUCUUGAUUUUCAGCUGCAAGAUUGUCCUAGAUGUUCUUGUGAUUCCCUGACUAUAAUUGAUGGAAACAAACCUACUUCUCCAAUCCUUGGCACAUUUUGUGGUUUUGUUUUACCUCCUCCUUUUGCAAGUUUUGGACAUGUGAUGACAUUGAAGUUUCACAGUGACAAUCAGACAAGCUACAAUGGAUUCCUUGCAUCAUAUCACUUUAGUAAGUAAAAAACGUAAUAUAUCGAUAUCAAUCACUGUUUUUUCCAUCACAGAAGUGUUCAAAAUAAUCCUUUAAUUCAUUCUUUGCAGAGUGUUUAUUUCUAGAAUACUGUUUUCUACAUCUUAUAUUUUGCUUGUUAGUUUCAGAGCAACUAGAAUUUUUUUUAUUUUUUAUUAUUUACUUAAUUUUGAAAGGAGGUUUACAAAAGAUAAACACAUAUAUUGUAGUAGAUAAUACAAUAUAUGGAUCAUACGAUUAAACAUAAUUGUAGGAAGUGAACAAAUGUGUAGGCAACAAUUACAGGAUGUAUAAUUUCUAUCAUGGCAGUCUGAUAAAUCUAAUAAAAAUAUAAUUUAUAUAAGGUAAAUAAAGAGCCACAUGACUAACAUACAGAGCAGACUCUUUAACAAAGUAGAGAUUAGAAAAAAAAAGUAAAAAAAUAAAACUGAACACAGAACAAACAAAUACAGAUACAAAAUCAAAAACAUAGAUCUAAGACAAAAAGACAGAGAAAUAGAACUCAAUGUGUGACAAUAGGAUAAGAGCAAUAAAAUUCAUGAACAAAUUAAAGUAGGCUCACAUGCCCAAAAAGCAACCAAAAAAAAAACUGGGAGAAGGAAUGAAAGAAGGAAAAGACAAAAAGGGAAUAACUCUCCCUCAGCGAGGUUGCAGGCUAAUUUUGGACAAUACCCAGGUAUUGCUUCCAUGGAAAUCAGAUUUUAUUAUAAGUUACAAAGUUAUCUAUGAGGUCAGUGGUCAUUUCUUCAAGCAGUUGAAGUCAAUCAUAUGGAGAACAACCAAAAUAUCCAGCACAUAUUUUUGACCUAAAGUGUAAUACAUGCGUGAUUUGCAGAGUUCCAUAACCAGUUUUGACAACUGUUGAGCUAUGGUCAUACAACGAAGUAGGGCCAGUCUAUGAGCAGGGACCAAAGUUAAAUCAACAAGCUGACAAUGGAGGUCAAACAGCUCUUUCUAAAGUACAAUGACUCACCUCCACCACAUAUAGAAGUACAUAUCCUUUGAACCACAUCCUUGAAAACACAUGGUAGAGAGACUUGGAUAAAUGUGGCUGAAAUACCACCUGAAUAUGCAUUUACAACUAUUUUCAUUCAUCAGUCUACAGUUUGAAGAUCUUGAUCUGGAUCUUUACCAAGAUCCAUUCAUCCUACAUGCCUUUAGAUCCCCAGAGACUUUGUAUUUUGAAACAUUCUCCAAAAAUCAGCAUGUUUGUUAUUACAUCCAACAAUAUCCAAACAAGGGACAAAGAACCUGAGUGCCCAACAUUGAAAGUCGAUAGCCUCACUCUUACGGAGCUGAUGUAAUUUGUUUUUUUUUAUUAUUGGUCUAGAUAUUUUUAGUCUAGAUAUUUAUCGGACAUGCUUUAUGUGUGAGGAGUAUCCCAUCUUAAUUGCAUUUUAUAACAGUGCCUAUAUCUAUGAGAAAUUGGCAGCUUUGUAUAUCAAUUAAGUAGCCUUCUUCCUCCCUCUGUUAGCUCCACUGAGCACACCAUCCCUCCUUCCCCCACCCCAGUCAUAGUAAACUUGUGAUUGCAUAUACCUAUGUGUGCACAUCCACAGGACUAAUUAUACUUUGAAUCCCUUUAUCCUCAGAUUCCUGGGUCCCCCACUCCUGUAGGUUCUACAUCAUCCUGCUUGUCUUCUUCUGGCUAUCCCCAGCUUGCUGUGCACAAACUCAGAAGUGCGUGUAUGCUUGUAGAUGAGAAUCAGACACUGCUUAGUGGGAAGUUUAUGAUUGGCCAGUUCCCUUGCACAGAUUAAAAUUCAGUGCUAGGGAAAAAGAGGAGGGCUUACAAAACCUUCAGGAAUAAGAACUGCAGUUUUUACAAGCUCUUUUUAAAUGGAAACCUAAUGUCAACAUGCAUAACUAAAUACACGCAUGUUUUCACUAAAUAGUAAUUUAAAAAAAAUAAUAAUUUUUAAGUAUAGAGUGUUUCUUUAAGUCUUCAUUAGUGAUGUCCCGAACGGUUCGCUGGUGAAUAGUUCCUGGCGAACAUCGCUUGUUCGCGUUCGCCACAGAUGGCGAACAUAUGCACUGUUCGGUCCGCCCCCUAUUCGUCAUCAUUGAGUAAACUUUGACCCUGUACCUCACAGUCAACAGAAACAUUCCAGCCAAUCAGCAGCAGACCCUCCCUCCAAGACCCUCCCACCUCCUGGACAGCAUCCAUUUUACAUUCAUUGUGAAGCUGCCUUCUUAGUGAGAGGAGGGACAGUGUAGCUGCUGCUGAUUUGAUAGGGAAAUUGAUAGCUAGGCUAGUUUAUUAGGUGUCCACUACAGUCCUGAAGGACUCAUCUGAUCUCUCUGACCUCACUACCCCCCACACCACCCCCAGCCUCACUAGCCCCACCACCACCCUCAGCAUCACUAGCCCCCACACCAUCCUCACUAGCCAACCACCCCCACUAGCCACCCACCCCCCACACCACCCUCAGCAUCACUAACCACCCCACACACCACCCUCAGCAUCACCACCCCCCACACCACCCUCAGCCUCACUACCCCCCACACACCACCCUCAGCCUCACCACCCCCACACACCACCCUCAGCCUCACUACCCCCACACACCACCUCAGCCUCACCAUCCCCCACCCCUCACCAUCCCCCCACCACCCUCAGCCUCACCAUCCCCCACCACCUCCAGCAUCUCCCCACCACCCCCACAGCCUCACCACCCCCCACCACCUCAGCAUCACCCCCUCACCACAUUACACCCCCCUCCUCCUUCUCACAUCAUGGAGCUGCAGACCUGUGUCUGCGAUGGUGGCCGGGCAGCCAGGAGGGGCCUCGCACCUGGCGGCAUACCGGGCAGGCCACCGGGCCCCCUCCUGGUGUCAGGUCCUCGGUCACUGAACGAGGACCUGACACAGUCUGCAAUAAGGUGGUUUAGGCGGCCGCGAGGCCCCAGCCAGCGCGAGGUCUUAGGCGGCCGCCUAAACUGCCUAAUUAGAGAGCCGCCUCUGUUUGCGGUUGUUUGUGGUGCGUUAAACGGGGAGAUUGGUCUGUCACUGUGAAGCGGGCGUAACCCUUACACUACCUGAUCGAUACAACAUCAUACCUGAUGUUUUAAAGCACGUUAUUCCAAACAAUUUAGGAAUGUUAGGUGAUUUAUGCCCUUUAUGGAUUAAAACCAGACUCUGCAUCAAUUAUGUAAUUUUCCAUGGGAAUUUUGCCAUGGAUCCCCCUCCGGCAUGCCACAGUCCAGGCGUUAGUCCCUUUGAAACAACUUUUCUGUCACUAUUGUGGCCAGAAAGAGUCCCUGUGGGUUUUAAAAUUCGACUGCUAUUGAAGUCUAUGGCGGUUCGCCCGUUCGCGAACAUUUGCGGAAGUUUGCGUUCGCCGAACCGAAAAUGUUAUGUUCGCGACAUCACUAGUCUUCAUAUAAUUAUGCGGUUAUAUUUCUAUACUGUACUCCAUCUGGAAGGAUGGAUAAAUGGUGUCCUGUUUUCCUUUUUUUUUUCAAAGACGCUAUAAAAAAAAAAAAUUAGAUGAAAUUAUUAUAGUGCCUACAGUGUCCCUAUUUUCUAUAUACCUGUGUACUUUUUAUGCCUUGAUAGGUAGGAAAACAGUUUGAAAGAAAGACUACAAUGUUAUGUUUGACAAUGGAUAAUUUAGGUAAUUAUUGCUGAUACAAGACUUACUUUCUUUAAGCAUAUUAAACAUCUAUAACAUUACUAUAUGAGCCCAGACAGUUCAAAAGCCCUCCCAAAUAAUGUUGAGUAUUUCUAUUUAGUGCCCAGUUCCUUAUGCCAAUGCUAAUCUCUUUCUCUCUCUCUUUCAGUAACUGACUGAUCCAUAGGAUGGAGAGAGAAGGUUUCUGGAGACCAAUCUGGACUUUUUUUCCAAUGUAAAUGAUUAAAUAUAGAAUUUAUUCACAAUCAAGAUCUAUUCUUGGCAAUUGUUAUGUAUAUUACAAUGCACCUUUGUAGAUAUUUUAUGAAGAGAUUUGACCACUACAGGUUAUAAUGUAUAAAAAAACUUGUUAUUAAAGAGGAAUUCCAAUCAUAG